AUGGAGGUGGCCAACAAUGUCACCGAGUUUAUAUUCCUGGGACUUUCCCAAGACCCAAGAAUGCAGCUGAUGUUCUUCCUGCUCUUCCUCCUCUUCUAUGUCAUGAUCCUGGUGGGAAAUGGACUCAUUUUGCUCACCGUCUUCUGUGAUCACCAGCUCCACACACCUAUGUAUUACUUCCUCAGUAACCUGUCAUUUGUGGACAUUGCCUAUUCCUCAGCCACAGCACCCAAGAUGAUAGCAGACUUUAUUUCUGAGAGGAAGGCCAUCUCCUACUGGGGCUGUGCAGUUCAGAUGUUUACUUUCCACUUCUUUGGCUGUGCUGAGAUUUUUGUUUUGACUGUCAUGGCUUUUGAUCGCUAUGCAGCCAUCUGCCACCCUCUCCGUUAUAAUACCAUCAUGAGUGCCAGUGCUUGCACAGUUCUGGCCUCAGUGUCCUGGUUGGGAGCCCUGGCUCAUUCCUUUGUUCAGACCCUCCUGACUUUUCAGCUGCCUUUCUGUAAUGCACAAGUUAUAGACCACUACUUUUGUGAUGUCCACCCAGUCCUGAAACUUGCCUGUGCUGACACAACCCUGGUGAAUAUGUUAGUGAUUGCCAACAGUGGUCUUAUCUCUCUGGGGUGUUUCCUCAUUCUCCUGGCCUCCUACACAGUCAUUCUAUUCAGUCUUCGGAAACGGUCUACAGAGAGCCGGCAGAAAGCUCUCUCUACCUGUGGGUCUCAUCUAACUGUAGUGACUUUCUUUUUUGUUCCUUGCAUCUUUAUUUAUCUUCGUCCAUCCACUACUUUCCCACUGGAUAAGGCUGUGUCUGUUUUUUAUACCACAAUUACACCAAUGCUAAACCCACUCAUCUAUACUCUGAGGAAUGGGGACGUGAAGAAUGCCGUGAAGCGACUGUGGAGUCACAAGAUCUCCUUGAAGGAAAAGCAGAAUGCAUAG